AUGGCGAUCAAGACGCAGCUUCCAGAUGAGAUCGUCGACCACAUCCUCUACCUAGCAUGCACCCUUCCACCACUUCGCACAGACGACUUUCGUGAGCCGUCCGACUUUGAUGCCAACAGGCUCAAAGCUCGCUCUUCAGCACCUCACCUCGACAUCUGCACCACUCUCAAACUCUUGCUUCUUUCACCACAGCAUUACCCCUACAUUGCCUCCAUCCUUUACAAAGGCCCACGCCUCUCGGACCCCAUCAGUCUUUCGCUCUUCGCCCGCACCCUCACCACUCGUCCAGCUCUCGGUCGUCUCGUAAAGCAUCUUUGGGUCGGACACACCUACCAAGGAGAAGGUAUCCCGCCUAAUGCGCUGACCUUUGGCCUUGGCGGCAGUCAGUCCGCAUACAGCCUCAACGCCGACCUGGCCACUAUCGAUGAAGUUCGUGCAAGUCUCGCCCAAGGUAUCGCUCCCUCCAACCUCCUUUCUCCCGCCUUCGAAAAGAGAAUCGCCCAGUGGGCCGCGCAGAAUGUUCAGGCCAACAUUCGCACCAUUGACCCUCUCCGAGCACCCAGAGGCAUUCACAUUGAUGCGCCCGGCUCUGGCGACCGAGAACCUCAUAGAUGGAACCCGAUCGGCGUAGACGAAUGGGUCCUUCGUCUCUGGGAUGGACGCGACCUUGUCAAGCAGUUCCGCGAGGUAGCCAAGCGUGCAUUCUUCCUCGAGCUCAAACGCUUGUCAUUCGCCGCCUCCUCGAGCAGAUCUUCCUCAAAGCCUUCUUCCGCCGCGUCGUCAUCGGCUCCUUCUCCGCGUUCAGCAUCCCCAGCUGCCGCCUCUGCGUCACCUGCUCCACAGAGAGCCUCUUCGUCCAGCCUUCUGGAUACUGACAUGGUCUCGCUGUUCCAAGCACAAAGUCAUGAGCAAAGGUUUCCUGGCACGGAUCAAGACCCACUAGAUUGGGCCGACGCCUCUCACACUCCUCAACCUAACCCGUCGCGCAGCAUUGACAACGACGAGCCCAUCUACUCCGAAGAGCUCGACAUCGACGAGAUUGACGCCGAGCGGGAUCGCUGUUUCGCCGAGAUGGGUGUAAAGAAACCAGCAUGGCGUUCUCAAAACUGGUCGGAACUCGCAAAGGUUGGCGAUCAGAAGAUCGAGUGGUGGGUGGUGUGGCUUCUAGCAAAGACAAGGGCUCGCGCUCGCAUCGUGGCCCGUCGAGUCUGGAAAGCCGACUAUGAGAAGGAUCCCAAGCUGCGUAGCUGGAGAGCGCUGCGACCACGACCAGAACUGCAUACCAAAAACCACUUCACACAUCCUACCCUCUUUGCACGCUCAGGUGCAAGUCAUUUGCUCGUCGGCGGCGCACCACCACCCACAAGAGACGAACUCUGGAACGGUGGUCGCCAGAACGAUCUCGAUGGCAUGUCGAAUUCCGACAGCGAUACAGACUCAGAAGCAGGCUCUUACAGCGAGGACAGCGACUACGAUUCAGAGAUGGAAGCGUCUACCACCCGCAUGGAUAUGUCUAUCGUUCGCGAGACACUUGCUGGUCGCUCAGACCAGCAAGGCGGCAGUCAAGCGACAGCAGGACCAUCUUCCUUUACCCUGCCCGAGUUCGUCGAACCAGAGCAGCAGAAGCCUGAGGACCCCGCCGAUCUGUGGGGAGGGGACUACAACUUUGCCAAUGGCAACGAGAGGGCAGGUGCAGGCAAUAGCAUCUUGGGAUCUCGCGGAGGGAUGUUCGGUUUCGACUCGGCCCUCCGCAUUGGACUUUUGGAAGAGCCAGACAAGGGUCUCGACGAUGGCACAGAGUUUGCCAGCCUGCAAAAGGAGAAGCAACGCCGACGCAACGAGGAAGACCGCCUACUCUCCGAGAUGACGCUCGGUUCCAUCCUUCAGAGUCUUCGCACUGUGAUGAUGCUUACUCCUCGACUCAAGGAUCUAGCUCUUGACGGUGUACUGGAACGCAGCAUCUGUGGGCGUCGAGCCAUGUGCAACAUGGGCAAGCUCAAGAGUCUCUCACUCGGUCCUCCUCCACCCUACUGGAGCUCACCGCUUCUGUUCGGCCAUCCUAUGAAGACGACAAGACGCGAAAGGCUGGCCUACCAUCAGAAGAUGCACGGUCUGUCCAACCCCGAGUUCGUUGCCGACGAUGCGCGCUCACAAAGUCUUUGGCCAUUGCCGGGUGUUCUCGUUCCUUCGCCCGCAUUUGCGACGUUGCGCACCUUGCACAUUUCGGGUUGCAUGCUCUUCCCAUCGGAGGCAAGAGCUGUCGGCGGAUUGGGUAGCCAGCUACCCAGUUUGCGCCACUUCCGAUGGUCGCUCUGGCAACCUCACGUUGAAGGACAUCCUGUGGGUGUAGUUGAGACACUUUGUGCAGUUCUUGAUAUCCCGACACCAGAAGAGGAAGCUGCCGCUGCUGCAGCAACUGCUCGAGCUACCGCGAUUCAAGGCUCAGGAUCUGGUUUCCGCUUCGGUAUCUCUACCUCGAGCUCCGGCACAUACAGAGAGCUGGUCAAUCACAAGAGGCGCCGAAGGCACGGAGACUCGCGUCGCCGCUCCAACCCUUUCAGCGCAAGUGGCUCAGCAAUGACCGACUCGGGUCUUUCAUCUUCACUUGGAAGCAAUGCCACUGCAGCUGGUGCAUCACACGAGGCCAGCAUGUACGCUCUCGUCACGAGGAAGCGCAAAUUGCGCUCUGUCUACGUGACUAUACACCCGACGGAUCAGGCCAUCUUUUCACGUAAAGCGCCUGCCGCACUGCGAUAUGACACAAGGCUCACUAUCGAGACUGCCAAAUGCAAGAAUGUCGAAGACAACCUCGAGGAGAUGCAGCGAUGGUGGGAGUGGGAGAGCGGUAUGCUGCACUUCAAGCCAACCGUGUCUAACCUCGAGGCUAUCACUUCUGCAGCAGCCAAGAGAAAGCAGGCUGCAGGACCACCGAGCGUGGUGUCGGCGCAGGAGCUCAAUGCUGAUCAUAGUGGAAUGCAGAUGGAUCUGAGACGUGCCAUGGAUACCGAGCUUGAGCUUGAGCCGCGCACGUAA